AGGACUCUGGCUUUCUGUGGUUGCCUCAUUUCCCAGCAGGGGAGAGGGCAGGCUGAGCCCUGGCUCCUGCUUCAGCCAAGAAGUGCCUACCAUGGACCUGGUGCUGAUCCUCCAGCUGCUGACUCUCUGGCCUGUGUGUCACGCAGACAUCACUCCAACUGUUCCCCCGGCCUCAUACCCUAAGCCGUGGCUGGGGGCCCAGCCAGCUGCAAUUGUGACCCCUGGAGUCAAUGUCACCUUGAGGUGCCGGGCACCCCAGCCCGCCUGGAGGUUUGCACUCUUCAAGUCUGGAGAGAUGGCUCCUGUGCUUUACCGGGAUGUAUCUGCAGAGCUGGUGGAGUUCUUCCUGGAGGAAGUGACUCCAGCCCAGGGAGGCAGUUACUGCUGCUGCUACCGGAGGUUAAGCUGGGGGCCAGGUAUCUGGUCCCACCCCAGUGAUGCCCUGGAACUGCUGGUGACAGACGAGCUGCCGCGCCCGUCGCUGGUGGCGCUGCCCGGGCCGGUGGUGGCGCCCUGGGCCAACGUGAGCCUGCGCUGCGCCGGCAGCGUGCGGGGCAUGAGCUUCGCGCUGUACCGCGUGGGCGUGGCGGCCCCGCUGCAGUACCGCGACUCGGCGCAGCCCUGGGCCGACUUCCCGCUGCUCGGCGCCCGCGCGCCGGGCACCUACAGCUGCUACUACCACACGCCCUCCGCCCCCUACGUGCUGUCCCAGCGCAGCGAGCCGCUGGUCAUCAGCUGGGACGGCUCAGGCUCCUCGGACUACACCCAGGGCAACCUCGUCCGCCUGGGGCUGGCCGGCCUGGUCCUCAUCUCGCUGGGCACACUCGUCGUUUUCGACUGGCGCAGCCAGUUUCGCGCCCCUGGUAGAGUCUGGGCCUGAGUCCCAGAGGACAGAGAACACUUCCCAGAGAGGGUGGAGAAGAAGCUGGGACCUCUUGAAUUGGACCGGCCCUUCCAGGAACCCCACAGCCCUCUCCGCUGAGCCCAGCUUCCCGACUAAUAAUAGUAACCUUUACACCACGCCCUCGACCUUCCUUUCGGGUCAUUUCUCCAGGACCUCCCAGGUCAGUGAAAGGCACUAUCCGUGGUUAAGGCUUCCUAGCCAGAAGACCUGAGUUCGAAUCCCAGUGCUGCUGCUCACUCCCUGUGGGAUAUCAGGAAAGGGACCCUUCCCAAGCCUCGGUUGCCCUGUCUGCAAAAUGGGAGCACUGGUAAUACCCAUUUCAAAGGGUUGCUGUAGGCUUAAGUAGACAAUGAACGUGAAGCGUUUAAAACCGUGACUGACUCAUAGUAAAUGCUCAAUAAACGUUGCCUGCGAUGUAACAGCGAUUUCGACCAAACUCAUAGAA